ACAGAAUUUGCUUUUCGCUGUCUGUAAAGCAGUCAGCCCAAGAAAUUUACUUUCAAAGAUUUAAGACUUUCCACGAUUGUGUUUUAGUUUUAAUGCGCUCUUGAAGAAUGGCGCCUCAGUUCUUGGUUUGGGGAUGCAUUUUUGUGUCAUUGUUAAGUGUUGUCGCUUCUUGUUGCUAGUUUUUGAUUAAGUUUGUGCGAACAAGGAGGUUAUGUUUGUGUUGAUCAGCACAUUUGGAAACUCCUGUUCUCGUGGGCUGUUUCAGGCCUAUCUGACAUUUGGCCUGCUUAGUGUGGUGACUUUGUUUUUUUUUAAAUUCCCCUCUUCUGGUUUUUUUUCAUUUGUUUCUUUUGUUUGUUGCAGGUGGUUCAUCAUUCCUUGGCUUUGGUUGGCGUAGGUUGUGGUUUGGUCAUCAUGGGCUCUACGAUACCAUCUAUUGACACGUCUGUCAUAAACAGGCAGUCCAUGGUGUCAGAAGUUGCGGACUACCUACAGAAUUAUUGUUCUUUUAUCAGUGCGGAUACUGUGGAAAUACUGUUUAGUCAAGAAGUUGAUGGUGGUGAUUUCUUUGACUUAACUGAUGAAACUCUUCUGACUCAUUUCCCCAACAUUACUUUUGGGCAAAGGAAGAAAAUCAUGUUCAUUGUUGUGGCACACAAAACAUCGGCUGGUCCAGAUGGUGGUGGUUCCUGUACUGAUGAUACCCUGGGUUGUAAGCCUUUAGUAGAGAAUAAUGCUGGAUCCAGUGCAUCAAGCGGCACUUCCUUAGCUUCUUACACAAUAAGGAAAAGAGUUAGAAAGCCCAAAGUGCCAAGUGACAGGAAAAGAAGGAAAGAAAUCGACGCUGAUUCAGUGGAUCCAAUUGAUGUGCUUGCAGUUCUAAGUUCGAAGAAAAUCGGAAUGAAUGUUAUUGAAUUUGUCAGAGUUCAUAAACGAAUCAAUAAAACCCACCAAGAAAAUAUGAUGAAAAUGCUGUACGAAGAUGUAUCAAAAGAUGCAACAAGCCCUGAGAAGUACUAUCCUGAAAAUAGUUUAAAGAUUGCCAUGGCAAAAGGGAUUGUUAUGGCUUUUCCUGAGUUAAAAGAUGAUGGCGAUCAGCCCUGGAAAUCAUGGUACAAAAAGGUCAAAACCAAAUUUGAAACAUUGCAGGCCAAGUUGCCCCCUGAAAAGAAAAAGUACCAACAUGUGAAAGGCAAAGAGAUUGAUCAACAAGACAACACAAACCCUGAAGAAAGUUCUUCUUCAUCUUCCACUGAUAAUUCAUUUAGUCCUGAGUCUGACAACUUGUUAGACAAUUUGGUUGCGUGGAUGAAUGAUGCAAUACCAAAUACAGCCAACAAAAAGGAAAUAAGCCUCGCUGUGAAGUCUACAUUUGAUAUGAGGACUGCUUGGAUCAAAACUGAGAGCCCAUCAUGUUCAGAGAUUCUUUUAAAGUACAAACACUUGAUUAGCUACAGUGGAGAAAUGUUAUAUUGUAAGAAACCCGCCCUAUUCUUUCUUUAG